AGAGUCAAAGGGUGUCCUAACAGCAGCCUCAAAGCCAGCCUGAAAAAUGUAUUGAAUAGUAUGAAAACACCACAGAGACACGUUUAACGUCCACAGCCUGGACUCGGCGCAGUGUGUGUACUGCGCAGGACGUGAGCGCAGCCUGUUGCUGGUGGCAACUGGAUCUCCGGAACACAGCCUGGCGUCACACCCGCGCCCACGUGACAAGGAAAAACAAAUGCGCGCCACCUGGUUACUUAAACCGUUCCUUCACGCCGAACAAAGAUGUUAAUAUUGUUGUAUACAGAUGCUUAAAAGUGUUGGAAAAUGUUGCUUUUACUUCAAAACUGACGUGAAAGCCUCAGUUCUGUAACGCAUGCCCGUGACGCGAUUUAAUAUAAUGCAGGAUAACACUAGAAAGCCAGACGUCGGACGACCCAGACCAGGCAGUGUUAGAUCCAGGGCUGAAACAAAACACGUACGCAAAGUUCAUACCAGAAAGGUUCCUUACAGAGUUGGAUACAGCUGGAACAAAGGUGGAAGACUCAAGGAGCUGAGAAUAAGACACUUAGCCAGAAAGUUCCUGAAGAUAUGGAUGUGGAAAACCUUUGGCCGAGUUCUUCCUCAUAAGGCCAAGUCUCACUAUGACAGCGUGGUGCUGAGACGAGCCUUUGAAGGAUGGAGAGAAGAGUGGUGGACAUCCGGGAAGGAGUGGAGUCUUACAAUGCGAGCAGAGUGUCACUACAGGUAUUAUCUGUAUAACUUGGCAUUCCAUAGCUGGCGAAUGUUUAUGUCGUUGCAGAGGGAAAAGAAGAGCAAAGUGCAAAAUGCUCAAUCAUAUGCUGACAGGCAACGGUCACGCCUGGUUUGGGACAGGUGGGAGAUUUUCACAGAGAUGAGGCGAAUGAAGAAGCGAAUGCUUAAAUCAGCUUUAGAGCAGAAUAGACUCGCAACUCUGCAUUCUGUGUGGAGCUUGUGGCAGACUAGGCUGCAGCAGCAUCAAGACUUUUACACUUUGGAGGACCAAGCCCUCAAACAGCGGGCACUGACUUUACAGAGGAGGGCUUGGCUUCAGUGGAAAGAAAUGCACACAGCUUCUUGUUGCCAGAAAGAGAAAGAAUCCAAGGCUUCACUUCACUUCAUCCUCAGACUGAAAAGAAAAACAUUCUACCAGUGGAUGGGUUAUGUGUCCUGCUGCCAAACCAAAAGAAAGUCACAAGGUGCAGCUCAGAAUGCCUCUUAUCUCCGCCUGGUGAGGAUGUGUUGGAGUAAUUGGAGCAAUGCAUUGCAUCGCAGGUGGAGUGAAGAGGACCGUUUGCAAGCUGCAGGGAAGUUAGGCAGACAGAGCACCCAACGCAGAGCACUGGAGCGAUGGAGAGCUUAUGUGACGUUGUGCAGAGACGAAGCUGAAAUAAACCAGAUGGCGAGCCAACACUACCAACAUCACUUACUGAGUGCUGGGUUGCAGGGACUUUCUCUUAAUGUCAUCUGGAACAAAAACCAUCGCUUGAACAACACCAUGGCUAUCCAGCAUUAUUAUCAAACUAUGAUGAGGAAGUUUUGGAAAUUUUGGCAGGACCGUUUGGAGGAGGCUGAAGACAAGAGUUUUCAAUCACUAACAGAAAUGGCACAGACUAACUACAGCAAGUCCGUGUUGAGCAGCUGUUUUCACCACUGGAGAGAGAAACUUGCUGAACAGAAACACAUGCAGGAAUUGGAGCAUCGUGCAGACGUUUGGUUUGCAGAGCGCAUGCUGCCUCGGCGUUUCAACUCGUGGGUUGAGUUCACUCUGCGGAGGAGACUCCAUAAACAGAGGAGACACAAGGCAGAAGUCUAUAAUCAGCAGCAUCAGUGCGCUUGGGUGUUUUACACCUGGUGGGAACGGUCAGAGAAGCACAAGGAGCAGAUGCUUUCUGAGCGGAUGGCAAUUCUUCAUGAGGAGCGAUGCCACGUGCAGAGAGCCUGGGCUCGUUGGAGGCAAAGGACUGAGCAGCAGAUCAAUGAGGAGGAAAAACAGAAAGCCUCAGACCGUCUGUACCUGCACCGACUUCUCCACAAUACGAUGACACAGUGGAAGGACAAUAGUGCUGAGAUUCGAGACAGGAGAAACCGAGAGCAGCAGGCCUGUCAUCAGGGUGACUUGCGCUGCAUGAAAUGGGCUCUGGACAAAUGGAAAAAGUUUGUUCAGAGCCAGAGACUGAAAAAAAGCAAAGUGGAGGAGAUGCAGUUUUACCAUGAAGCUAAACUUCUCGAACACACCUUUGUGGCCUGGAAGACACACCACCUGCAAAUAACUCACAUCUACGGUCAUGCAGAGGAACUUUACCAACAGCAAACACAGCGCUUUCUCAGGCAGGUUCUGUCAGUGUGGCGGGAGAAUGCAGUGCUGCAGGCAGAAGGCCGGCUCAUGGAGCAACGAGCACAGAGUCACUUUCAGCACUUUCUUCAGCUUAAGGUGUUUCUUGCAUGGAGAGAAGCAAUAACACGUGCAGUGUCAAAGCGUCACCAGCAGGGGGAAGCAGUCAGCAGAGCCCAGAGGUCCAUAAACCAAGUUUGUCUGCUGCAGUCUCUCAGACAGUGGAGGAAACAAACCAGAGAGGCUUGGAGGGAGAGGAUGUGUAUGGAAAAAGCCAGACAGCACCAUAACUCCAAACUCCUCUCUAAAGUACUGAAAGCGUGGAAUAAGCAUCACUACCAAUACCGGAAAUACAAGGUGAUGAAACGACAAGGAAUCUUGUUGCUGAGAUUAAAGAUGUACCAGACCUACUUUGAACAGUGGAAAAUAAAGCUGCAGCACAGACGGAGAGAAGUUAAGCAGACGGAGCGAGCGCUCUGGCACUGGUCCCUCACUCUUCAGGCCAAGGUGUUGUAUGGAUGGAGGCUGUGGGUCACCGAGCAGCAAAGGAAGCAGGUGCAGGCAGCCAGAGCUGCACAGGUCUACAGAGACCAGUUGCUGAGGCAGGGCGUGACAUGCAUCCUCACAUAUGCUGCUCAUAUGAACGAUCUCACAACGAACCUCACGCAGCACAGCCAAGAGCAAAGAUCCCGUCAUCUCCAGAGAGUUGUUAAACGUUGUGCUUUGCGGUGGAGGCAGCGGGCGCUGUGUAAACCACGAAGAGAACAAGCAGUGAAAGGGCAACCACCAAAAAAGAGUGUCACUUUCUGUUUGACUACCCUUGGACUGAAGAGCGAUUCCUCGUCUGACUCAGUGGAGCAGGAAGCUGAAGAUGGAACGCUUAGCAAGCUGCUUCCCACCCGUAAGCCUCGACGACAGCCGCGUCGCUGUGAAGAACUGUUUGAGUCUCCACUGACAGUCUUGCCACAUACAGGCACCCAGAACCAGUCGGGCAUCACUGCAAAACCUUCGGAGUUCAGUUCUCCUUCCCAGAAAAACCAUCCUGCAGUGUUGUCCUGCAUCCUUCCUGCUGAAAUCCUUGUUUCCUCCACACGUCAGAGCACCACCACAUCUACUGUGCCACCCUCUGAGCGUCAUGCGUCUAUUGUAGACUCCUCUCAGGGAACCCAAAACCAAGACCUUCUUUUACCUCCUUCUGCUUUCAUGACCACUGGGCCUCAAAAUAUGUUGGGAAAGACAAGCAGCCCAGGUUCUGGACAUGCUCCACUUCCACCUUCUCAUCAGUGUGUUGAUCCCUUUAACCAUAAUUCCAGGUAUCCAGAGAUAAAUCUGAGAGCAUCCAGUGAAGAAACUGAGGGUCAUCAUGCGGAAGAUGUAGUAACUGAUCCAGCAUCAGUUCUGACAAGAGAACUGCUUAGCAUUCAGCUGGACAUGAAGAACUUCCAACAGGACAGGAAGCAGCUCCGGGCAUGGCAAAAACUGAAAGAGGUAUUGCAAAGUUGGCUGGAGACUACUGGAGAGGAUGAACAAAUGGUAAAAAAUUCAGUUUGUCAGGAGCUGAAAGAGCUGGAGGAGCGCAUCGACGGACUGUCCGCCGAACUGGCAAAACGAAAGCCGACGAUGCUGCUACACGCAGAGAGGAUCCAGCAUUUGCAGACUGUCCUCCACACUUCAGGAGUUUCUUCUCUCUGUCGGAAAACAAAAGAGAUGGAAACUGACCGCUCUGUGUUUACAAGGUGCCAGGAAACAGUACUGGUCGUCACACACUCCCAAAGUGAUUGCGACGGCUGAUUUUUGGACUGCUGUUCGUCUGCCGUUAUCCCGUUUCUUAUAACAAUGUGAAGGCUGACUUGACGAUUAAAUGAGAAAACUGUUAACACAUAUUUUGCUAUAAGCUUGCUUGUUCUUUUUUUAGACUGAACCUUUAUACCUAUACUGCACACAGCUUGUGAGGGGAAAGAGUGGAUAUCUUAAUGUCCAGGUAAUGCUACUUGUUAUUGUUAAAUAUCAUGUAAACAGUCUUAAAAUUGUCUCAGCAUAUCCACAAACAUUAAAGCCCAGCACCUUAAAGCAGCCUUCAUCUCUGCAUCAACACUUUAAAUUUACGGAAACGUUGGAUAGGGGUCGUCCUUGAGACAGAUGUGCUAAAUAUUUUCCAUAUGUGUGCAAAAAGUGACUUAACUGUUUUCAGAGGAGCGGUCCUUGUGCAAUAGGUAUUCUGUUUCCCCGUUGGUACCAGUGCCUCUAAUACUUUUGAAAUCUAUGCAGGAAAAUCAGGUAUUUCAGACUAACAGAAAGGACAGUUGUCUGUUGUGCCCUGCAGACUGCAUAAGGCAGAUUUGUCCAAAUCUUUGAUCUGCAACAGGGCAGAAUGCGAGGACUUUAUGCUGUUUUACUCUUUUUCAUCUUUGUCUGCUGCAUCAGUGGUAAGUUUUAUUACUGAAAUAGUUAAUUUAUUUACAUUGAUAAGUUAUUUUAAGCUCAUAUUCAAUCUCACUGUGUCACAGAAUGUUCUACGACCUUUUUUUUUUCUUUUUCUUUUGUUAGUUUUGACUUUUGAUUGUUGCUGUCAAAGUUGUUGCCCUCUGGAUCUUUUUGCUUUUCAGGACAUUAUUAAAACUGGUUUUAACAUUAUAAAUGUUGUAGAAUCAUUUCACAGUUUACUGAUCUGCAAAGUUGGCUUCAGAUUUUUUUGACUAAUGAAUGCACAAAUAAAAUCAUUAAA